AUGUCGGGCCCUAUAUUCGCUUCGCCCCAAAACGUCACUCGCACCGCUCACAGACUGGGAACCCUGUGUGAGCUCAUGAUACAAUCCGGCUUUAGAUUCUACGCUGUCGAGGAUGCCAACCAGGUUUUUAUCAGCUGGGUCAAGGCCUUUCAUCGACAAGAGCUUAAUCCGGAAGAUAAUAAUGACGACGAGGACGAAGGUUGGGGCGUGACCUGGGAGGAUCCGGAUCAAGAACAUGAUGUCGGGACCCUUUUAGCACUGGUUAUGGGCGAGAUCAAUGCAGAAAUGGCCGACUGGAUUUUGUGGGAACCAGGUUCCUCCGACAGUGAAGACUCUCUCGACAGCGAAGACUCUACCGACAACAAGUCCACUGAUGAGUUGAAAGACAAGCCCGCCAAAGAUUCUGUCGACAAGCCAAUUGAAGAGUCCACAGACAAAACCGCUAGAGAGUCCACCGACAUGCCCAUGGAAGAGCUCAUGAAGCCCUUGGUAUCGCAGCACCAAGCAGAGUGUACUGAGCAUCCCGUCGAAAAGUCUACCGACAAGCCAGCCGACAAGCCAGCCGACGAGUCCAUUGACGAGUCCACUGAUGAGCUCUCCGAUUCAAAGAUCGAUGACCGGAUAUUCCACGCAGCAGCAGAAUCACUGAAACACCUCAGCGAGCAAGAACUUCAAGAUUUGAGCGAAGACUACUACGUAGACCCACAACUCAAGAAGCUGUUAGAACUCCGUCGCGGGAAUGCGCACUCUCGGAAAGGGAAGGAGAAAGCAUGCCCGCGGUAUCCGUAUGCAGAGAACCUCACUUUCAAGACAGUGGAUGGUAUAUCGGAAUUUGUAAACGCUCCGCAACUCCUUUUAAUACCACGUGUUGAGACGUUAGGCCAAAUGAGCAAGGAGGAAUAUCUCGAAGUGGUCAACACAAGAACAACGAAGGCCGACCCUGCGGAAAAAAUGAUGAAAAGGCCAAUAUGGCUCAGGGCAGCUUCACGAAUGGGGAUUUCGCGUCAAAAUCUCGACGUGUCUCAGCCUGCUACAAUCUUGAAGCUGCGCCAAGUUGCAAAGGUCAGAGAGGAGUUGAACCAGAGCAGUACCGCUAGGGCCAUCUAUAACCGCACACCUCUUUCGAAGCCCGCCGGAGUUACCAACCUCCCUGGACUCUUUCAACCCCAUCGAUCUCCCCUCCCUCGCGGGAGAUCACCUCUGCCCGCCGAGUCUCCAACAAUUGCCGAAUCCAUCAGUUCGUUUGCUGCCGCCAUCACCGUCAUCGAUGCGUCCGUUGAUCUGGAACCCGUGGAAGUCUCUAUCAUUGUCCCGGAUGUAUCCGAUGAACCGGCAGAGGCUUCUGUUAUCGUCCCCAAUUCGUCCGCUAAAUUGGCAGAGGCUCCCGAAAGAGGCUUGGAGUCUCUCCAAUCUUUGGCGUCCCCGAGAUCCCCAGCGAUUGUGGAGUCCUCAAAGACCGCUAAGUUGGGGAAAAUUACUGAACAGGCAAUGUCUGUCCAAUAUUUAAAGUACUCGGGAGCCACACAGAAGUUACCCAGAUUCCCAAAGAUUGCCGAGUCGCGAAAGCCUGUUGAAUUCACAAAGCUUCCCGAAAGUCUGAAAUCCGUGGAGGGGUUCAGGAGGCCCGUUGGGUUUGCAAGUUACCAAAAACCGCUUCAAUCUCCCAACACUCAGAACACGCCUGCCGAGUUCGGCGCGCACCGGACCGACUUCCGGAGCACUAUUGAUGCCCUGGAGCUGGCAAGGUCAGAGUUCGAAAGGAUCUUAGAUCAUACGAUCGAUUCACUCACGCAGGGGGUUCAGGAGCUGAGGAAAAAAGCCAAAGUUGUGGAUGCCGUUGCUGUACAGGCCCCAAAGUCGGCCGGACUUUUGGAGCCCGCUGAGAUCUUCCCGUCUCUCGAGGUCAUGCAUCCCGCUAAAUCCCUAAUGCCCGCUAAAGCAUCAAAGGUGGCUGAAACCCCUAAGCCCGCUGGGGUAUCUCGGAACAUUAGAUUCCAAAAAUCUCCCGAGGCUCUGAUGCCUCCAAGAUCAAGGUUCGCCGAGUCCUCAAGGUCGGAGGAACACGAUGAAAUGUUCCCAACCCACGACAUCUCUCUGGCCUCAAAGGCGAAAAGGCGCUCCUCAGUAUAUACGCAGGAGCCCAUGGAGGUCAAGAGGCGCGGACAAGUGGGUCAGCCUUCGGAGUCUCCGAGAUUCAAGAUGCUGAAUGAUGAGGAGGACGAUGUGUGGCCGAGUACUGAGGGAGAAGCUGAUGCUCCGUUGAAUGUGGCUCCUUUGUCUCUUGUGGACCAUGCACUCGCUUCUGCAACUUUAUCGUCUGCUGCUGUAAUUGGGUCCCCUCCGUCUCCAAAUGCUCGCGGUAAAGCUAAAAAGCGUACCCCCCCACCCGCGGAUGAUACGUCGAAAGUCAAGAGGCGCGGAGAGGUUGGUGGGCCUUCGGAGUCUCCGAAAUUUGGGAAGGUGUAUAGCGAUGGAGAGGAUAGGACAACGCUAUAUGAGGAAGACGAUGACGCGAGAACCGACAGUAGACUCGAGACGGUGGAACUUGAAGCUGGCUCUCCCCCGAAACUGACUCCGGACACUGACGAUGAGGAGGAGUAA